CAGUUGGCAGUUUGCAUUAGCGCGUGGUGGACGUCUCGCCCGCACCGAUCUCUCUAUCUCUCUCGUAGUAUCUCGUUCCGGAAUCGGCAUAUAUAUAAUUUAAUCCGUACACGUUGUCAGAUUCAAGAUGUUGCGGCAGAGUUUGGUGGCGGUGCUGCUAGUUAUAGCUGGUGUUAACGGCCAGGGAAAGGAGAAGGAGGAGUUCCAGUGCCCCUCACAUAUCGCCAAUGGCAACUACGCUGAUCCGGCGACAUGUCGUCGUUUUUACCAGUGCGUCGAUGGAUAUCCGUAUUUAAACCGCUGUCCAUCUGGACUCUUUUUCGAUGAUCUGCAGAAGUACUGCACAUUCAAGGAUGAGGCCAAAUGCGGUCCUCUACCAACAACGCCCGCCCCUGCCACGGAGGCACCGGCUGACACCGCCCAGCGGUGCAACACGGAGGACUGCGCCCUGCCCUACUGCUUCUGCUCCAAGGACGGCACCCAGAUUCCCGGCGACCUGGAGGCUGAAAAGAUCCCUCAAAUCAUAAUGCUCACCUUCGAUGGGGCGGUGAAUCUGAAUAACUACCAACAUUACCAAAAGAUAUUUGACGGCAAGCGCAAGAAUCCCAACGGCUGUCUGAUUCGGGGCACCUUCUUCAUGUCCCACGAGUACAGCAACUACCAGCAGAUCCAGCACCUGGGAUACUAUGGGCACGAAAUCGGGACGGAGAGCAUCUCUCAGCAGCAGGGACUGCAGGACAAGGGCUACGAGGAGUGGGUGGGCGAGAUGAUUGGCAUGCGAGAAAUCCUGCGACACUUCGCCAAUGUGUCCGCCAAUGAUGUGGUCGGCAUGCGAGCGCCUUUCCUCAAGCCUGGCCGCAACACCCAAUAUAAGGUUCUGGAGGACUUUGGGUAUAUCUACGACAGCUCGAUCACCGUGCCGCCGGUGGCAGUACCAGUGUGGCCGUACACUCUCGAUUACAAGAUCUCUCACGAGUGCAAGAGCGGCACAUGUCCGUCGCGCACCUUCCCCGGCGUGUGGGAGGUGCCCCUUAACACCCACUACGUGGAGGGAUACGAGGGCGGCCACUGUCCCUAUCUGGACCAGUGUGUGCUGCACAACCUCGACGAGGAGGAGGUCCUCCAGUGGCUGCAGGAGGACUUCUCGCGGUAUUACGAACAGAACAAGGCGCCUUACAUGAUGCCCUUCCAUACCAACUGGUUUCAGACAAAGCCGCUGGAGAACGGUCUGCACAAGUUCCUCGACUGGGCCCUCGAACUACCUGACGUCUACAUCCUGACCGUCACCCAGAUGCUCCAAUACAUGACCGGCCCCAAGGAGCUGCGCGACAUUAACCAAAUCGAGGCGUGGAAAUGCGAUAAGAGCGUGGCGGUGGCACCAAAGCCCUGCAACAUCUGGCAAACCUGUGCGCUACCCUUUAAGAUCCCCGAACAGAAUCUGACGGAUACGCGCUAUAUGGAGACCUGCCGGGAAUGCCCCAAUGUCUAUCCCUGGCUGGGCGAUGCCGGCGGAACGGGUAUCGCUGGUCGGGAUAAUUAUAUAUUUAGUGGCUCGAACACUGAAGAGGAAGAAGUGACUCCGUAGAAAAGAACCUUUCCCUUUACUCCUUAUUUCUCUUUAUCGCUAAUAUUAUACCCAUUACUCAUAAAGUAAAAGGGUAUUUACUUCAAAUUGAGAAAAUUAUUUACAGCACCAAUCGGUUGAGCCAAACAAUCAUCAUCCGUAGCAAUUAUAUUAAACCCAAAUGUUGGAAAUCAAAUGGAUUCUAUCAGCUAUAAUGUGUAGGCCCGCUUAUAAACCAUUUUAAAAGAUCAAACGUAGAAAACUCAAUACAAACAUAUCACCGGUGUGAGAUUAAGCCCGGGACCACAUAUGCUCCCCUAUGUUUAAUGUCUGGCAUUUCUUAAACAAUUUUAUUAGUAAUCUCUAACGCAUUAUGAGAAUUUUAAUUUCUCAAGUUGGAAAUUAAAAUUCAUCACAAAAUGUACCUAAAAAAUUUGACUCGGCCAUUAAAACGCCCGCAAAUCUUAAAUUCUGUGGUGACAACGAUUUUGAGGUUGACCCUAAUAUUUGAAGUGAAAUGCAUUUAUAUUUGUGGCGCUCACACUAAUAGUGCUUACCGAGCCAAUAGAAUAUGCACAGGCAUAUUUAUUUGGAAAUUGGUUAAUGGAGUAACAGGUAUUAUAUAGUAGAGGCACUCGACUAUAUCGAUUCAACUAUUUUUGUAUGCCCUAUUUCUUAUUUUUGUACUGUACCCUCAUUAAUUCCGCACACAUGUGCCAGUCAUUUUGAUGCAAUAAUGAGCUGCUGCCUUUAUAUAUCAACUCUCCGUCGUUUUUUCUUCGCAUUUUUUUCUCUAAUAGUUCUUAAGCGAAGUUGUGUCAAAUUGUUCUUAGUUUUUAAGCGACAAAAUGUUUAUAAAAAUCGCCAUUUUUGUUUUGAAUAAAUAUAUUAUUUUUCUAAACAUU